CCAGGCUGGGAGCACUGGGGAAUUCUGGGAAAGGACGGGGCAGCAGAUCCAGGAAGAGGACACCAGCAGCUCAGAUGCACAGUGCCAGCACUUCAGGCAGUUCUGCUACCAGGAGACCGAGGGGCCCCGAGAGGUUUGCUGCCAACUCUACCACCUUUGCCAUCAGUGGCUGAAGCCAGAGACGCACACGAAAGCUCAGAUGCUGGACCUGGUGAUCCUGGAGCAGUUCCUGACUGUCCUGCCUCCGGAGAUGGAGAGCUGGGUGAGAGAAUGCAGAGCAGAGACCAGUUCCCAGGCGGUGUCCCUGGCAGAAGGUUUCCUCUUGAGCCAGGCAGAGGAGAAGCAGCAGGAAGAACAGCAGAUACAAAGACUGUUGUCCAAAGUUGUCCCUGGUUUCCACGAGGCAGAGAAGACUCCACCGGACGCUGGGCAGAGGCUGUUGUCCAAGGGGAUCUUACAGGAGGGGGGCAGAGGUGCCAUCUUGCUGGGAGCUGGCAUGACUCUGCCUCUGCAUUCUCAGCCAUCUCUUCCUUCGGGUGGAGUGGAAGACGCUUCAGGAUGACCAGACCAGGGCCAGGUGACCUUUGAGGACGUGGCUGUGCAUUUCACAGAGGAGGAGUUGGCUCUGCUGGAUUGCGGCCAAAAGACUCUGCACAGGGAAGUUAUGGAAGAGAAUGGCUGGAAUGUGGCCUCUCUGGGUUACAGUUGGGGGAGGAAAAAGGAGGAAAACCCCAGCUGGGGAAGUACCAGAUGGAAAAAGAGGGAAGAAGAGAGAAAGGGAACUGAAGCAAAAUCAAAGUACAAGAUUGGACCAUCUGCUUCUCAGGAUGGUGAUGUCCAUAAAAAUGGAAUGCAAAAAACAAUGCAAAAAGAAAGAGAAAGAAGCCUGCAGCCCCCGAGUAGUAAAAGCUUCAGUUCUAAAACAGACCUUAAACGUCAGGGGGAAAUGCACAUGGAAAAGAGAUCAUAUAAAUGCUUGGAGUGUGGAAAGAGCUUUGGCUGGACUGGAAAUCUUUCUAGACAUAAAAGAACCCACACAGGAGAGAAACCAUAUAAAUGCUUGGAGUGUGGAAAGAGCUUCAGGCGGAAGGAAAUGCUUACUGUGCAUCAAAGAACGCACACAGGAGAGAAACCAUAUAAAUGCCUGGAGUGUGGAAAGAGAUUCAGCGAUAAGGGAGUGCUUACUAGGCAUCAAAGAACGCACACAGAAGAGAAACCAUAUAAAUGCUUGGAGUGUGGAAAGAGCUUCAACAAGAAUGGAACACUUACUGUGCAUCAAAGAAUGCACACAGGAGAGAAACCAUAUAAAUGCUUGGAGUGUGGAAAGAGCUUCAGGGAUAAGGGAGUGCUUACUAGGCAUCAAGGAUCGCACACAGAAGAGAAACUAUAUAAAUGCUUGGAGUGUGAAAAGAGCUUCAGGCAGAAGAGAAAUCUUAUUGCACAUCAAAGGAACCACAGAGGAGAGAAACCAUAUAAAUGCUUGGAGUGUGGAAAGAGCUUCAGGCAGAAGAGAAAUCUUAUUGUACAUCAAAGGAACCACACAGGAGAGAAACCAUAUAAAUGCCUGGAAUGUGGAAAGAGUUUCAGGCAGAAGGGUAAUCUUAUUGUACAUCAAAGGAACCACACAGGAGAGAAACCAUAUGUAUGCUUGGAGUGUGGAAAGAGCUUCAGGCAGAAACGAAAUCUUACUGUGCACCAAAGAAAGCACACAGGAGAGAAACCAAAUAAAUGAUUGCUGUGUGGAAAGAGAAACAAGCCUGCGGCCACCGAAUAAUAAAAGCUUCAGUUCUGAACCAGGCUUUAAAUGUCAGGGCGAAAUGCACACAGAAAAUAGAUCAUAUAAAUGCUUGGUGUGUCGAAAGAGCUUCAGUGAUAAGGGAAAGCUUACUGUGCAUCAUAGAACCCACACAGGAGAGAAAUCAUAUAAAUGCUUGGAGUGUGGAAAGAUCUUCAAUGAUAAGGGAAUGCUUACUAUGCAUCAAAGAACCCAGACAGGAGAAAAACCAUAUGAAUGCUUGCAGUGUAAAAUGAACUUCAGGCAGAGAAGGGAAACCUUACUAGGCAUCAAAGAACCAACACAGGGAGAAACUCCAUAUAAAUGUUUGGAGUUGGAAAGAGUUUCCAUCAAUGCUCAAAUCUUUUUUCAUAUCAAAGGUUUCUGAAAGGGGAAAUGGACAAUAGUGUGUGUGUGUGUGUGUGUGAGAGAGAGAGAGAGAGAGAGAGUGUUUCUGUUAAAGUGCUAAAAAAAGUUUUUUUCAAAAUAACUUUUCAAUUUUUCACAACAUAAGAUACACACAUGUACACACAAAAAGAAAGAAGGAAACAAAAAAAGAGAAAAAUUAAAACACAGAAAAAAAGACAAGAGGACUUCCAUCUCAUCAUUAGAACAAGUAUUGCUUACAAUGCCCAAGUCUUGCCUGUAAUUUUAUUGUUCUCCCCCCAUUAAAUCAUACGAAAGUCAG